CGAGAAGCUGAGCCCGUUGGUGCCUCAGCCUGACUGACGUCAUCAUCUUCGCCAUAGAAUCAUACCGACGGACGGCAGAGCGGCAGAGCUGGUUGAACUGGAGGUGAAUGGAGAGUCUGAUGUCGGUGUAGCAGCAUCGCAUUGAUAUCAGCGGCACGCAGUAAGCGCACCACGCCAGACAUACCGACGCAGAGAGCUCAGCACCAUCAGUCCAGCCAGAAAGCGAAACCACCCACACAUGUUGCCCAAGAGGCUCUCUUCCCUUUGUUCUCUUGUUCUCAGGUGCACGCACUGCCGUGAUAGAUCCAUCCAUCCAUCCGAUUGACUGAGUGAGUGGUCGAUUUCCUUGCCGGUUCCCACACACCACACCGGAUCCACCAUGAUGGACGGCAGCGAUGCGAUGAAGCGCAAAUGCGACCGCUCCCGGCUGCCGUUUCAAAGCAUCGCUGCGGAUGAAACUGCCGGGUGCACCAACGGCUACCCCGCGCCCACAGACGCACACCCACCGCCACACGGCGGGCCGACGCCACUGACGGACGACGGCACCAUGGCUCAGAAGCGGCAGGGUGCGGGUCCCAGCGCGCAGCCGGGUCGUGUGCUGCUGAUCCGCGAUUUGCCGCGGGACGUCAACGAGUUGGAGAUCAAGGAGGCCUUCUCGCGAUUCACCGUGGGGCAGGCACUCAGCGUGUUCCACGUCCCGAGUGCUGGACAGACGCUCGUACAGUUUCCGGUAUGUGGGAGGAGGGGGAGGGAGGAGAGAGAAGGGAGGAGGGAGGAGGGUGGAAGGAACAUUCUUCAUGAACCCUCCCACCAUAGAUAUAUCGGUAUGUGUCAUGUGAUCAGGACGGGCCGGCUGCGUCGGCUGCGCUGGCUCAGGUGCGUCAGGGUGGUGUGGUGAUCGGCGGCUGCACCAUCCAGGGCGACUACAGCAACGCCGAUUGCCGCAUCCUGCUCGUCAACGUCACCAAUUUGGGCUACCCAGUCGAGAUCGACGCACUGCACCGCAUCUUCUCCGCACACGGACCCGUCAAAAAGGUCAGCGACGGACACACACACCACAACAAAGCAGCUUGCCUUCAUCUGUGUGUGUGGUUUCUUAUGUGUUGCAGAUAGAUCUGUUGUCUGGGACGGUGCGCGGGGUGGCGCAGGCGCUGAUUCAGUUCGAGAACUUGACUGACGCCGCGCAGGCCGUCACACACGUCAACGGACACAACAUGUACGACGGAUGCAACACCCUGCAGGUAUGUACACACGGCAUGGCACCACUGACCACCACACAAGAUCCACUGGAUGGGUGCAACCAAUGUUGGUGCCUUUUCUGCUCUCUCUUCUGCUAGCUGCAGGUUCAGCUCUCUGGCGUGACGAUGACGGAGUUAUCGGUGGGGGACGGCCCCAACAAGGGCCGCGACUUCACUAUACAACCACCCACCGCACACCCCGCUGGUCAGCCGUUACGCGCACACACCCGAUGCUGAUGUCGACGUCACUUGUCGUCUGGUGUGGUGUGGUGUGGUGUGGUGUGGUGUGUCCCUUACGUAUGGGUGGCUCUCUGACAGCUCGUGGCGGUGUUAACUCGAUGCCCCUGGGCUACUCCAACUAUGCGCCACCAUCACCAAUGGUACGUAACAGCACAACAAAGACGCGAGACGGAGAGGCCAUGUGAGCUCAUCUCUCUGUCCUUUUUGUUGGGUCACCAGGGCAUGCCCCCGCAGGACAUGAGUGCGAUCGGCGGUCUCACCCCACCUCCCCUGCCGCCCACUACACACCCGCCUCACACAAGGGCCCGCAACAGCAACAAAGGUAUACAUGGACACGUCAGUCACCAGAACAGCCACACAUGACCACAUCCAUCAAGUCUUAAGAGCGGCGGAUGAUGUGAUGUCCAUUUGCUGUUUGUCGUGCAGCAGUGGCCGCAGUGUGGUUAUGUCUGGUUCAUCGGCUGGCAGACCUCUGCCCCUCCGCUGGGUCAGACACAGCAGGCUCAACGUUGCCGCCAACCUUCCAAGCCUGCCACUGGCUGCGGACAUUCUCUCGCGCACUUUCACUCGAACCCAGCAGGUGACGGACCUCAUUCAGCAGCAGGGAGCCGAUCCCAAUGAGCAUCCCCAGCUGCGGGUGAAGGGCAGCACCACGCCCCGCUUCGCACCCUAUCCGCUCUUGGCGCUGUGCAUUGACAACCUCACCGACAACCGCAUCCCGUCCAUCUGGGCAGCAGACGGCGAUGGGAGGGACUCUCCCGUCGCUUUGCCGCAGUGGUCGUCACCCGACCUGCAGGAGGGCGUCAUGAAGGCACUCAUCGCCGGAGGCGUUGACAUCAACGCCAUCCCGACCGACGAUGCGGGGAGGAGGUGCCUGACCGCCACGCCCGUCCGCGUGGCCAUCAGAGCGUGCAACGAGACGGCCUUCGGUCUGCUCAUGGCAGAGGCUGGGCUGCAGCUGGGGGGCCGUCAGGUGAUGCGGCUGCCAUCGACACUGGACACGGACCGGGCCACCGAGGACCACGAGGCCACCCUGCUGUCCUUCUACCGGCAGCUCAUUGAUCGCGACCCCACCCUCGCAACCGAGACUGAUGCAGACAGUGGCGGCAAUCCGCUGCAUUGGGUGAUCUUCACCCCUCCCGUCUGGUCCCAGGCUUUCAUCGACAGCUACAUCGACCUGUUGGUGGCCAAUGGGGCGGACAUGACGGCAGUGGACAUCAUUGGCGCGACGCCAUUGCAGUGUGCGGCAAUGUGGGGGUUCCAUCGCCUGGCUGCCUCCCUGUGCCGCCGCCUCCCGUCUGCCGACAUCAACCGAGGGCCCCCCAACCGCCCCAACCGCACGCCCCUCUGGUGUGCUGCCCAAUCAUUAUGGCUCGACAUUCAGCUGGAGCAUAACGACACUGCGGAGGCGGCAUCCAAGGACAACGCCAGAGCCCGGAUUCCCCAUCUCAAGAGCACCAUCCGUGUGCUGCUGGAAGCGGGGGCGGACAUCGCCCGGCUGCCCAAUGCCACUGAGGGGGACCGCCGUGCUCGGCAUCUGGUGCUGGCCGAGCACACGACGGUGCUCAACGAGGUGCCCCGUGUGGUCAUGGCGGCCAUCAACGCCGCCCUCGCCCCUCAGCGCGACCACUCGAUGCUGCUCGCCCGUCUGCUGCCCCUGGCGCCCCACCACGACGGCCACCCCACGCACCCAUCCCCCUCCAAGCUCUCAUUCGGCCCCCAGGAGGCAGAGGCCAUCACCUGGAAGAUCGGCUCCUUCCUGCACGAGCCACACACCGCCAUGGCGACCGUCGAUGAGUACCUGAUGGGCGAGUCGCUGCUGAAGCGCCGUGUGCGUGCGGCCGUGGCGCAUUUCGUGACGCAGGCGGCCACACGGACGACCGGCAACCGGGAGGUUGUCGGGGGGACGAGGCACGUGCAGCAGGAGGAAGGGACGAAGCGCACCAGAGUGACGAUUCCGCCCCUGCAGUGCUUUGCUGUCAAUGGGGGGCAGGAGGGGGGCGGGCAGCAUCGGCGGCUGGGUGUGCGUGAGGUGGUCCACAGGGCUCGGCUGGACGAGGCGGCGCAGCACGGUGUGGAGGGGGUGGUCAAGGGCUUCAACACCCACCUCGACGAUAGCGACUGCCAGUUCCAAUGGCAGCAGCUGGGGUAUAUCAACAGGGGGGGGCAGUUCGAGGCACUGCAGAUCAGCAGGUGGUGGGCAGCAUGGGUAUGUUUGUGGGGCUGAGCAUCGCCUGACGGCCGUGGUACCGAUAGAUAGACAGCAGCGAGCGGCGGAUAGAUUGCACAUGCAUAGAGGCAGACGGAGGGAUGGAUGGAUGGAGGGAGGGAGGGAGGGAGAGAGAGGGCGCAAAUUGCUGUCGUAGAAGGCGGGCGUGUUGAGGCGAGUGUGUGGACACCUUCCUCCAUCCCCUGCUUCACUCUCUUCUCGCCUCGUGCGACCAACUGCUUGCUUCCUAGUCGCAUGUGUGUGUGCACAGCUUGGUGAAUUGUGUGCUGUUUUUCAACCACCGAUUCUGCCUUAUAUCCGUUGCUUGACAGACACAGCCAGACAGGCAGACAGGCAAGGAGGGAGGGAGGGUGGAUGUCUAGUUGGCGCAUGGACGGACUGAUGGAGGGUCCUUGAUUGAUUCAUGUGUGUCGGCGUAGCUGCGGACGACUGACUGGGGGGACUGCGUGAGGUGUGGUGUGUACAGGUCGGUCUGUCUGUCUGUCUGUCUGUGUGUAUACGGGGUGGCCGACCAGGUAGCUGGCUGGCUGGGUGCUUUGUUUGGCCAGCCGCCGCGGCUCAUGUCGGUCGGCAACCUUAUUCGUGUCAUCCAUCGCUGCGUGCAGCUGUGUAUGUAUGGGUGGUGCUCUGACUGAGGCGGGUGGGUGGAAGACCCCUCCUUGAUGUAGCUAGCUAACGCG